GUCCACGGCUCCACCCAAGAGUUUUCUGUUUUUUGGUCGUCACCACCGUCACGCCGUGCCGUGCAGACCAUCCUCUCUCUCCUCCAUUACCAUCCGCUCCCCCCGACUCCGACGCCGCGCAGGUGCAGCGCAAGCAUGGCAGAGUAAGGCGGAGACAGCGUCGCAAGCAGAAGCAGCUCUGACACUCGCCGCCAGAUUCCGCUCCCCAAACACCGCACUCCAAUUCCCUCUUCGUCGGGUGCAUCGGCCGCCCACCAAGCCCCGCCCGCCGAACACCAUGGCCGCCGGCUACGGCGAGCAGCCGCUGCCGCUGGUACAGGAGGCCACCGCCCGAAUCUUCUCCGGUGGCGCAGACGCGUCCCGCACCACCGUCCGAUUGGCCCACUUCCUCCUCCCCCGCGCGGGCGCCUCCCACCCGCCCGCUCUCCCGCCCCUGCCUCCCAGCGAUUUCGGCCCCGUCCUCGACGACGGCCUCAAGGUCGAGUUCAAGGGCUGGGCGCCGGAAUCCCCCAAGCUCUGGAGGCGGUGGGUCGCCAAGCUCCGCCCGCGCCACGAGCCCCUGUGGCGUAAGGUUGGGAUCCUCGACGCCGUCCUCGCCACCACGUGCCGGGUGCGCCGCGACGAGGGCGCGCUGCUCCAGCUCGCCGCCUUCUGGUGCGGCGAGACCAACACCUUCGUGUUCCCCUGGGGUGAGGCCACGGUGACGCUCGAGGACGUCGCGGUGCUCGGCGGCCUGCCGCUGCUGGGCAGGCCCGUGCGCGCGCCGCCGCAGGACGCGCUCCGCGGCGACGUGGACGCGCUCGAGGCCGUACGCCGCGCUCUCUACCUCAGCAAGAACAAGAACAGCAGGCCCGACCGUACCGCUUGGGCGAGACAUUUCCUCGAGCGCCCUCCGGGGAAGGUCAAAGUCGGCGGCGGCGGCGGCGACGAAGCGUGCGGGCGCCUCGAGCACGGCGCGUUCCUGGCCAUGUGGCUGUCUCUCUUCGUGCUACCGGCGGCUCCGUUCGAUGUGGUCCGGACGGAGGUGCUCCCACUCGCCGCCCGGCUGGCGCGCGGCCGCGGCGUGGCGCUCGCUCCUGCUGCCCUGGCUAGCAUAUACAGUGAUCUCUCCGCGCUCAAGCGCUACAUCAAUUUGGAGAAAAGAUAUCAGGCCUUCGUCGUGUGGGCACCCCUGCAAAUCGUUCAGCUUUGGCUCUGGAAGCGGUUCCCUGAGCUUCGCCCUCCUGAGACCACGGGCACCAAUCAACCUGACGGCCAUGGCAUACCCACGGAAUCCCAGUGGCAAAAUGCUCUCAAGGUGCUUGACCCCGUUUAUGUCCACGCAGUGUUCAUGUCACCCAAGAAGUUUGAAUGGAGGCCCUAUGGGAGUAGCAGCUUCGCGCUGCGGCCAGAGAUGGGUAGCCAUCGUGUUCACGGCCAAGAUAUAGCAGAAAGUGCAGAAUUGUUAUCCUUCAUACUAUGUUUACGUGCUUGUGAGCUUGUGGGCAUGCGCUGCAUUGAGCAUUACCGUCCGCAUCGUGUUGCAAGGCAGCUCAGCUUUGACCAGGAUAUUCCUGGAACUCUUCCCCGUGUUAACUCAAACUGGGUGGCUGCAUGGGAAACAUACAAAAUGGAGCCUAAGAAAUUUGUAUUCAUUGUUCCCAAGUACAAGCCCGCUGUUACAAUUGAUUAUGUGCAAUGGUGGAAGCCUUACUUGUUGGGAUGUGCUGCUGCUGUUGUUAAAGCUAGGAAGAUGAAAGAACUUCCACUUUUACUUAGUCCAAGAAAAAGAAAGAUUGAUGUGCCUCCUGAUGUUAGUCCAAAAAGGGUAGGAAAUGGUGCAAAGGAAAAGGCAGUGGAAUUGUCGUUUGAGGCACCAAUAGGCUCAGUAAGCACAAUAAACGAAUUAUCUUGUGUAUCAGCCACCAAAAUAGUACAAGGCAAAUCUUUUCAGCAAGGUAAUAAGGAACCACCAGACCUUGUCGUUGCACAUGACAGAGAGAAUAGAAGCUCGCUACAUAGUGAAGUACUGCAAAAUCUCCUUGUUGAGGAUGCCACAAACACUGGCAGCAAUGAAGCCUUAUGUGCAGUAACUAUAGCUGAUAUGCACUCAACAGAAGUGUCGUUUGAUGUUCCAGUUGCCUUAGUAAGCAUUGUAGAUGAAUUACCUUGUGUGUCAGCCUCCAUAGAAGAACAAGGCAAACCUUGCCAGCAAGAUAAAGAGGAAGCACACAACCUUUCUGUCACACAUGACAGGGAGAAUAGAAGCUCGCUACAUAGUGAAGUACUGCAAAAUCUCGUUGUUGAGGAUGCCACAAACACUGGCAGCAAUGAAGCCUUAGGUGCCAUAACUGUAGCUGAUAUGCACUCAGCAGAAGUGUCGUUUGAUGUUCCAGUUGACUUGGUAAGUAUUGUAGAUGAAUUACCUUGUGUGUCAGCCACCAAAGAAGAACAAGGCAAUGAUUGCCAGCAAGAUAAAGAGGAAGCACGAGACCUUUCUGUCACACACGACAAAGAGAAUAGAAGCUCAGUAGUUUAUGUGCACUCAACACCUGUUGUGGCUGCAAACACUGGCAACAACAAAGCCUUUGGACCUUCACCCAUAAUUGAUGUGCAGUCAGCACCUGAAGACGUUGUGGUGAUCAGCGAUGACGAUAAUGAGGAUGAGGUCGGUGGGAUGCACCAAAAACCACCGCAGUUGGAAACAGCACCAUCCUCCUUAGAAGGGCAAAAUGCAGAAAGUCAGAUAAUCAGUGCAAGCAGUAAUCCUCAGGACAGCCGAGUGAUGAAAGAUGUUAGGGUCCAAAGCAAUUGUGAUCACGAAACUGAUAAUGUUCGAAGCAAUAUUGUUCUCAGAAAAGAAUCAUUUGAAGUACUUGCUGUUGAUACUGUCCAGCCUGGUUUUAAUCUCUUGGAUACACCAACAGGGGAAACGCAGACAUGCGCUGUUACAGGACAGAUAGACAAGGGAUACAUGGUGGAAAAAGAAAUUUUGGCUGGUGUGGAAGGUAUCAAAAAUGUAAAUGAAGACGUGUCCCCAUCAUUUCAAGAAAUAAACUCUCCUGUGGAAGAUUGCAUGGUGGCCAAUAGAAGAAUGGGCUCAGGAAACAACUAUUCUAGUGGUUUGGCACAUGUGAAUACUCAAUUGAUCAACAGAGUAGUUUGUACUAGGACACUAUACUAUCUUAGACCAUUUUGGUUGUCAAAACAUGGUCAGAACAAAGAUGCAAGUGACACCACUACCGAUGAAGGAACUUUCCAACCAAGACGGGAAGUUGGGACGCCACAAAUGAUUGAAGAGGCAUUUGCAGCUCGACAAGCCCAAAAAGUUGAGUUGCAAAAGGUAAUUGAUCGCCUGAAGGAAGAGAUUGUGGCACUAGAGGUUCCAUGAGAGGACAGGUGCUCCUCAAUAAAUUGAGAAUUAGGAUCACAGUGGAAGCACAUCCACUAGAAGCCCCCAACUGACCAACGGCCUCGAGGCACCAUGGUGGCCACCCAUUCUGACUCCAGGUCUGCCACCAGUCUUUGAAUCCCACACAAAGAACUGCCCUUCUUCCGCGUUGCUGUCCUCAUUUACCAUAUCUCAUGUUGGGUUUCGCUUGUAUCAUAUUUGCUAAUGGUUUCUUGGUGAGGUAGCCAGCGGCCAGCGGAGGCAAUGAGCCGAUGAGGGAGGCAGCUAAGCGAAGAAUGAAUGUGUUCAGAUGCUGCUCGAUGCGAAAAUGGAGGUAUGAUCUAUAGAUUCAGCAGUGAUUUUUUUAUGCCCGACUUAUCAUCUGAUCAUGGAUUAGUGAAUUGCAUCAUUGGUACUUCAUGAAAGAAAUUGUCGAGGAAGACUUGGGAGUGUGGUAGGUUGCAGGGAAGAACCGCAUGUUGGUGAAUGAGCUUGAAGCGUUGAAUGUGUAUUGUUUUUGCAUCCAACCUGAAAGAUGCAGAUUUUUGCCUCUGAUAAGUGGAAUGCAUUUAGUUGUUUUUUUGUCCAUUGGAUCGACAUAUAUGAACAUUCAGCAGUAAGAGGUCCUUAAGAUGGCCACUUGAUGACAUGGAAACCCUGUUGGUGCGAUCAACGUUUUGACGAGAUCUGUUGCUCUUCGGAAAAGAGAACUUUUUGAAUUAAUUUGCUUAUCCGAAAGAAGUGUGUUCAUGGUUAAUAUGCAUACCUUUGAGCACAAAUGACUUAUGUUAAGGGUUGAUUAACCACUUUUGUACUUUUUUUUGGGAGGAAUCAUUUAUCUACUUGUUACACUGGUAAUACUUGACCAUUAACUGAAAACAUGCAAUCUGCUUUAGCAUCCA